UAAAAAAUUAUAUGGUUCAAUUGCUUGUCCCAUCUAGUUACUUUUUUAUUCUAUCAAACCAUGCAAACCAUUACUUGUGGCAUGUGGAAUCGAAUGUUGUACACAUUAGUCACACUUCAGUUGCUGUGAUGGGAUGUCUUAUGGUACAUAUCUCUCUCUAUAUAAACUCUAUGUGUUGAUACUUCUCAUUGUGGUUCUACCUAUGGGAACAAUAGAGGAGGAGGUCUCUGGCGGCAGCCAUGGUGGUAGUGCUUUCAACAAUAUAACAAACAACGGUGGUGAUGGUGGUGGUGGCGGCGGCAAUGGACGAACAAAAUUGAAACUAGCAUGUACCAACUUCUUGAGCAAACUAUACAAAAUGGUUGAUAAUAAAGCGACCAACUCCAUCAUAUCAUGGGGCUCGUCUUCUAACACCUUCAUCAUAUCCGAUGAAGGACGAUUUAUAUCAGAGAUUCUCCCUUGCUACUUCAAAAUCAAUCAUCUUGAUAACUUCAUUUAUCAACUUAAUAACUAUGGUUUCAAGAAGAAGGAAGGGGAUCACUUAUUGGAGUUCGAGCACGAGUAUUUCCAAGAAGGGAAUCAACUCUUGCUAAAACACAUCAAGAGAAGAAACAAACCACUUAUGGCCACCAACAACAUAUCAACACUUAGUGUUGCCACAAACGAGCUUGAAGCCUUAUUUGCAAAAGUUAGACAUUCUCAACAACAAAUCAAAACGAAAAUACAUUGGCUUAAAGAUGAUAUAGGAAAAACUUUCUCCGAGGUCAAAAGUAUUAUUGAAGAUAACUCUCAUAAACUGAUAUCAACAUUUUUCGAAGGCCGUAAAAGAAAACUUGUUGAUUUUAACCUUGGAACUGAUUUUGUUGAUAUCGAGAAAGAUUUUGAACUAAUGUAUGGUCAAUGUGAGGCAUCGAUGACUCAUAUCGAUGGUUUUAUGACCUUGAGUGAUUUGACUGAAAAACUUACUAAAAAACACAAUGAUAAUAAUAGAGGUAGUGUGGUUGGUGAUGAUCGACGACGUAUACCUCAGUUUUUACAAAAACUAUAUGACAUGGUACAAAAAGAAGAAACUGAUAAUUUUGUUUCAUGGAACCUACCUAAUCGUGAUAGUUUCAUCAUCCGAGAUAUUAAUGAGUUUGCUAGUCAAGUUCUUCCUAUGUAUUUCACUCAUGCAAAUUUUAGUAGCUUCAAUUCACAACUUAACAUAUAUGUAAGUCUCAAAUUAGAAAUCUAUACUUUUUUAGUUUUAAAAUCAAAUUUACCCAUGUUGGAAUAUAAAUUAUAUAACAAUGUUUUCAUAAACACCAACAUAUUCCUAUCCUAGCCAUAUAUUGUACUUUUUUUUUUUAAAACUUAAGUGUUUUUCACAAAUUCCUCAUGAAAUGACAUUUAUACGUAUCAGAUUUUGAAGAUGAAAAGUUAUUUUGAUGUCAUAAGUCAUAAGGGAGCGUAUAAAAUGUUUCACGAAUUAGUGACAUUUUGCAAUUGGAAAAGCUUGAGUGCAUUUAUGUGUAACUUUACUUCCAUUUUGAUAAUCUUUCUUGCACUACAAUGGAUUGUUUUCUAACUAUUAUUUUGGUUUGUUUCAAAGGGUUUCCGAAAGAUCAGUUGGGAACGUCAUGAAUAUGCGAAUGAAUGGUUUCAAGGAGGAAGAUACGAUUUGUUAGUGAAUAUCAAGAGAAGAGGCAAAAAUCCAUUAUUGACUCGCUCAACUAUAAAGUUUUCUUUAACACAAGUAGAAAUGUUUAAGGACCAAUUGAAAACUAUAGAACAAGAGCAAGAGAAGAAUAUCAUAUGUCUCUCAAACUAUGAAGAACAAAUGAAAAGUUCGGUAUAUGAGUUUAAGGAAAAAGUCAUCAACAUGGCAAACAUUGUCAACAAAAUGAUACUAACAAGCAAUGAUAACCCUGAAAACAUCAAGAAACCUGAAACGAACAUUAAAGACAA